AUGCCAAUGGCUUCCUCGACGCAAGACCUCAUCCCACAUCUUCAUCUCGCGAACACGCUUGGGGCACUGUUUAUUGGGGUCAUCAUUGCAGCAGUUCUCUUUGGUGUCACCAUCGUUCAGGUUUUCAUAUACUUUCAGACGCAUAGUGGUACAGGAAUAACAUUCUACAAGUUGGUCGUCAUAUUGCUUUGGAUACUUGACGCUCUGCAUCUGGCCCUGAUUGUCUAUUCCAUCUAUUUUUAUUUAGUGAUCAACUACGCGAACAUCAGUGCGCUCAAAGAAAUUGUAUGGAGUUGCAAACUUCAGUUUGUAGUCACCGUUUUCACCAUCUUUGUGGAACAUCUAAUAUAUGUUUAUCGCAUAUGCACAGUUAGCAAGGGCCGAUCAAAAGUUCUGUCGAUUAUAGUGGGUGUUGUCGUCGUCCUAACUUCAGGUCCUGCCAUCGCCGCUAUUUGGUACAUGUAUCAGGAAGUCCAUGUAAUCCCCGAUUUGGUCAAAAUCGAGUGGGCAUUAUACGUAUAUUUGGGCACUAUUGCCUGUGUUGAUGUUAUUAUUGCAUUAUCGCUAUGUUAUAUCCUCGCUACGUCCCGUACUGGGUUCUCGAGGCAAAAUGGAUUUAUUCAUAACAAAGCUCAUGAUUUAUAUCAUCAAUACAGGCUGUUUGACGAGUAUGUGUUCAAUGACAGUUAUCAUUACAUGAUGCCAAAGAACUACGCAUUUAAAGCUGUCGAAUUUAUAUUGGUUAAACGUAUGGCCAAAGAAUUCCUCGACGACGAGGAUCAUGCUGACUCGUGCCCAACGCAGACGCAGCGCAUUCUUCCGAAUGCCAUAUACGCCAUGACGUCUACCGCCCGGGACUGCGCGUUAGAGCGUCGCAGGACGAUGAACUCCAGACAUCCCGAUGAAAUGUUGCAAAUCACUCGACCUGUUCAGGCUGUCACGCGGCCGAUUGAGGUGACGAUGAAAAUUAAUUCCCUCUCUUCAGCGUGA